AUGCCUAAAAUAUCUCGAUUCAAUACGUCUUACAAUGUUAAAAGAAAACGUCAACGGAGAAAUGAAAGAAGAACAGUGGCACAAUCAAUAUUAAUACCACCAGAUACUGAUUCUGAUGAAUCAGAUAAAGAACAAGAACAAUUAAUCGACACUGAACCACAUUUGGAUGCAGUUGAAGCAUUAGAAGAACAAUACAUGCAAAGUGCCGCAUCCCUGCAUAUCAUUGAUGAUUCACCUCCAUUAUAUAAGGAUAGCCCAACAAAUAUUAAAACAGCGGUGAAGCUAUUGACUGACUUUUAUACAAGUGUAAAUUUAGAUAAAAAAAAUGUUUUACGUUUACUAAAAUUAUUCAAGUCGCUGUUACCUCAACCAAAUUUACUUCCAACCACAUGGAAAAGUAUAUUAAAAUUAUUUGACAAGCAUUGCUUAUCAUCAACAAAAUAUCUGUGUUUAAAAUGUGAUGCAUUAUGUCAUAGUUCAAAAUAUGGUCAAAAAAAAUGUGUUAAUCCUAAAUGUUUAUUGAACAAAAAAACAUUGAAACGUACUGAAAUAACUGAGAUUGUCACUUUAGAUAUUAAAUCGCAGUUAGAAACAAUACUGUAUCGUAAUCAAAAUAUUUUAAAUAAAAAUGAAUUAUUUCCAGAAGGUGAUAUACAUUAUGGUGAAUUUUAUCAAGCAAAUCAUUCACAGAAACGGAAUGCAAUAACAUUAAUACUUCACUGUGAUGGUGCUCCAUUAGCAAAAGCAUCGAAACAAUGUCUGUGGCCUUGUUUUGCCUCGAUAAUCGAGUUACCACCUCCGAUUAGAGAGUACCAAAGAAAUAUUGUCGUGGUCGCACUAUGGGCGGGGAAAAAAAAACCAAAUGCCAAUAUUUUUUUGGAAGAUACUAUUUAUCAGUUAAAAUAUUUAAUGUCAAAUAAAUUUAGUUUAUUCAUUGAUCAGUUAGAAUAUGAAAUAUCGUUAUCAACCCAAUUUUUCAUUUCGGAUUUACCAGCGAAAUCGUUAUUUUUGAACACCAUCAGUUUUAAUGGCUAUUACGCUUGUUCAUAUUGCUGUACGAAAGGUGAAUGGUGUAAAGAUUCAAGAAUGGUUCUCUAUCCUUAUGAACAAAACGAUUUCACAGAGAGAACACAUCAACAGUUUGUCAAAGCGGCCACGGAAGCCGAACAAAAAAUAAAUGGUGGACGAGAACUAUCUGUUACAGGAGUUAAAGGUUUCUCGAUAUUAUUAGAAGUAUUUAAUUAUCCAGAUCAAAUUAUAUUUGACUAUAUGCAUCUCAUUUGCUUGGGCCAUUUACAAUCAAUAAUUAAACGGUGGUGCAAUAAACUACUAAACAAACGGCAGAUUCAAGUUAUCGAUCAGCAACUACAACAAACACGUUUACCACACAAUAUGCAUGUAAUAUAUUAUGAAUCAAUCUCCAGUGUUGAUAAAUGGAAAGCAAAAAAUGGAAGGUUGUUCGUCUUAGCUAUUGGUGUGCCCCUAAUGAUACAACACCUACCAAAAUUAGUUGCGUCACAUUUUACUUUAUAUUCAAUAGCAAUUAAACUUUUACAUUAUCCCAAAACACAAGAUGAGAUUACAUUAGGUGAAGCUUUACUUGAGCGCUAUUGUGAACAAGCCGUAUUAGUGUAUAAUGAUAAAGCAAUAUCACUAUUCUCAUUACAUGCGCAUCUUCACCUGGGCAAACAAGUGAAAUUACAUAAUAGUUUAGCAUUUUGUUCAGCCUUCUCCUUUGAAUCUUGCAUCACAUUUAUAAAACAAAAAAUUCAUGGAAGUAGAUCAUUAGCGAGUCAAAUAGCUUACUGGACAAACAUUGAAUCAAUGAUUCAACCAACAAAAGUUAAAUGGCCAUCAUCGACAGGUUUAAACAGAAUUCGUCUUUCCAGUUCACUUAUUGAUCCAUUUAGACAAACAUUAACAAAUUUAAUUAUAAACAAGCAACAAGAAGUGAGUGAAAUAUCAUUUUAUAAACGUUUUAAAGAUAAAUUUGUUACAUUUCAUACAAAAUUAUAUGAUCAAGAAUUUAAUUGCGUGAUCUAUAUUAUUUCAUUUGAGUCGAACCAAGGUAGUAUUGAAUAUGGCGAUAUUAUUUUGUUUUAUUCUUAUCAAAAUCAAUAUUAUGUAUUUCUAAAACAUUAUCAACGUAUAGAUACACCAUUAUCGCACUUUGUUUCUAUUCCAAAUGAAGUAAAUGCAACGCUUGAUGAUUUAUUUCCAUUAGUAACACUAUCAAACACGUAUUCAAUUAUAGCACUUGAUCGAGUUAGACAUAAAUGUAUUCGUUCACUAUUUCAAAAUGUCUUUUGUUUAUCAGAAGUGCGUGUUGAUUUUGAACAUGAUUAA